AUGCCACACGAUGGAUGGCGAACCCUGCUGCCAUUCAUUAUCGGUACUUAUAAAAAUGGCCAUGCGGAAGUGAAACAGGAGUCGCUGGUAGUGUGGUAUCGCACAACCCCUGGAUCUGCCUGCGGUACUGAGGUCGUGGCGGAUCGGAUUUUCUACUACGCCUUCCUUACUGAAUAUGCCACGCCUGAAGUAACAAUCGGCAGCACCACGCAAAAGGGGACUUGGAGAAACCAACCGGCUAGCGGUAAGGGCAUCUACCACGGGAGCGCGCCAUUCGAUGGGGCGAGGGGGGAUGUAGAAGUGACUUUGUGGAGAGAACGAAACAGAAUUUUGAUACUGAGAGGCAAGGGAAUCUCUCUGAGCUGCUCUAUUGGUGUUCAGAAUUGGAAUGCCUGCGUGGGCAGAAACCAGUCGCCCAGCUAA